AUGACAGAGAAGAUCCAGUUGAUUCGGGCUAGGAUGAAGGCAGCUCAAGACCGUCAGAAGAGUUACGCGGACAGACGACGCCAGGAUUUGGAGUUUGAUGUGGGUGAUCAUGUUUUCCUUCGAGUCAUGCCAAUGACGGGUGUUCGACGUUUUGGAGUAUCUGGUAAGCUGAGUCCUCGCUAUGUGGGACCGUUAGAGUAUGUGGUAGAUCCCGGGCAUGUUAUUGAUUAUCACUCGCUUGUGGUGCGAGAGAAUGCGUCAUACACCGAGUUGCUUGCUAGUAUUGUGGAUCGGAAAGAGAAAGUGCUCCGCAACCAUAUGAUUCCCUAUGUAAAGGUCUAG